AUGACUGCUGGGAUACUCCCAGGGCAGUAUUCCCUGCUUAGGCAGCGGAAAUCCAAAGGCAGAGGUCGGGUUCGAACCACGGACCUUCCGCAUUCGGACUGGGCCUCGUUCACUAGAGGGCAUACGAAGGGGAUCGCUGACAUCGGUACUUCAUAUCAUUCGACAAGGAGACCGCCUGCCGGAGCGUCAAAUGACACUCGACACGUCCGUAGUGGUGGCCGUUCUCCUGUUCCCGGUGAUAUAUUUUUGCAGCAUUCGGACGAAUCUCGUGAAGUUCCUUCGUCCCUACACAACACUGGGUUCGCGGGAUCAAGAACAGACUCCUAUCACUCAUUUCAUAAACCAAACUUUCGUCUGUUACCUACAGUCGGGCUUCGUUCGGAAAUCCAUCGUACAUCCUCGCUGGGUGCGUUCGACUCUCGAUAUCUAACUCAUCGAGGAAGAUCUACAUCCGCCUCUGUUUCUGAAUCGCUUGGGACACAACACAUUUUUUCCUGUGAUGGCACAGAUGCCUCAAUGUUCCAAGUACCUCCGUCGCCCACGUCUAUCCCCGGACUAACGGUCUACCGCCCCUCUGUAUCUGAGCUGGCUAGUUCAGACCGAUCACGAUCCCCUAGAAAGCCAAGUCUUCGGCGUCCGAAUUCACAGAAGUCUGAGUUGUAUUCUUCUGGCCGACAGGGCAAUACCAGCUCCAGCUCUUCUGUCAGCAUGCCCAUCCAUUCCUCACGUUUUCCGAGCUCUGCAGCCGCACAUAGGACGUCGACCCUUCAGAGACAAAAUACAUACAACUCCCAAGCAUCGCCCUCGAUUAUGUUUCACGGACCCUUCCAUGGAGCGCCAUUCAACGCAAGUCAUUCGGCGACGAGCAGUUUGCUGCGAAUGAAGCGUAAUACUGUCAGUCUGUCGGCACCGAACCUACUAUCUCUUUGGCGCGAACCGCCUGCUCCGAUCAGUUUCGCUGCCGGUAUGGCUGAUUCCUUCACACAUGGAGUCCAAACCGAUUCCUCGGGCUAUUACGGUGUACCCGGCUCUGUUGCAGUUACCGAAACUUAUUCCUGUACGCCAUCUGAUCCUAAUCAACACAACUCACAACCAGCACCUCAUCAAGCACUACAUGUUUCAACAUCGCCAGUUCCUGUCACUUCCAGCACAGACACGAACAUCUCUACAACGCAAGGAAGACCGUCCAUCCGAUAUCCGCUUCCGCAUCGCAACGUAUUUCUCAGCGGCCUUGGUAGUGAUAGCGGAAGUAGCAGUUACAUGGCUGACCGAAGCUUUUCCAGUCCUACACAUUCCCCAGGUUUAGACAGUCCUUUUCCAGCCUACGGCAACAGCGCUUCAACCCAUUUCAAUUCCUACUUCAGUGCUCCGCACUCCAACACCGAGUCCACAUGGGUACCCCCACAAACUGAAUCCCAGAAAGAGCGAGGCUCUGAGACCAAUGUUACUUCGCCUUUGUUGUCAUCAAUCAAGGACGUUGGGGACUCGAAAGGCUCUGCUAUAGUUUCUCAGGACAUUUCACAUUCACGUCCCUACCCCAGUAUUUCAGGUGAUUCAUUGUCCCGAAAUUCUUCAAGCACAGGACAUACAGCGACUGGUCCCCACACAACUCUACAUCAGCCUGGUGCUUCUGGUGUUGAGAAGCGACACACUGGUUUACGCCUUCGACUGGACAACAGGUUAGUAUCAGAAAGCCGACGUUGGUCCCUUACCUCGCUUCCUUCCUCCGGUUACGGAACCAAUACCCCAGAAAGUGGAAGCAAUGUAUCGCGAAGUCGGUGUUCUUCUAGGGAACAGGUCUAUCCGCCUCACACGACACAGGCCCCAAUGGCCGUUUGUUCGACCAGCUCUUCCAACGUGGGAGUUAAACCAUCGAAAGUCAUGGAUCAACGAGCCACAACCGCGAACACCAUGAACCGUUCUGCUUCGUUCCGCCAUGCUGUGGAUCGGUCAAAUCUUGCUCCGCCAACAUUGACUCCCUCGCCGAAUUUUCCUAAGCGAUCUGGAGACCAAGGUGGUGAUGCUUUUGGUUUCCAGCGUUCCUCGACAGACCUAACUCUGAUGCCCGAGGGCGAUCGAUCUCCCAUUCCUCGUAUGCCCUCUCCACUAUGUUCGAACAAUGAUGUUAGUUUUCCAAACGCUCGGUCGGUGUCCAAACCUUAUUCUCCUACUACAUCCCAAAGAAAUCAGUUGGACCGGUCUGGAAGCUCUGGUUUUGGCUCCUUUUCUCCCAUUAAUACAGCGGGUGGUGUGAGAACACGUUCACGAAGUUUGAGUCCGUUACGUUUCUCUGGAACUGGUGAACAGGAAAUAUUAUUGCUCAACGAUGUUUACCGCGAACGCUUUCCCAAAGCUUCUGCUCAAAUGCAAGAGCGUCUUCAGCGACUCAUUGACGAACUGGAAAAAGAGGACACUGUGUCGUGGUCUGCUGUUGCUCGCUUUGUGCACCGUCAAGUCGUGCAACACGCAAGGGAUUGUUUGCAAAAGGCCUUGUCCAGAAUCGUCACCUGUCGGUAUUUUUACGAGAUGACCGAAAACCUAGAGAAACUUGUUGAAGACACCCGGAUCCGCGAACCCGAUUCCGUUCCCGUCGUCGUCGCUCUAAUUCGGAGACUGCUACUCAUCAUUGCGCGACCCGCACGCCUUCUCGAAUGUCUGGAAUUCGACCCGAGAGAAUUUUAUCAGAUGCUUGAGGUAGCAGAGGACCAGGUCAGGCGUCAGACAUCGUCUGGUUUCGGUCCCAUGGAAGCUGCCCGUGGGCGGGGAGAAAUUGUUUCCGCCGACGUUCCACUCUACAUCAUCUCGAAGUUAGGUCUUAACAAGAAUGUCCUGCAAGAUUCCUACCAACAGCAGUCAGCCAAUCUUUACAACCGUGGAUUAUCUCUUACGGCGAACAGCGAAAGCAGUACUCAGUCUGAGACGUCCGUGAGAGCACGCUUUUUGAGUGGCUCUGACUCCACCCAUUCGGUGGAGGCUAUCCCCUCUUCCCUUGGCAAAUCUGCCACACCUGCGCGUCUGCCUUGCGAAGCGGAUUUCGAAAUCAUCAAGCUGAUCUCGAACGGGGCUUAUGGUGCUGUCUACCUCGUAAGGCAUCGAAUGACGCGUCAACGAUUCGCAAUGAAAAAAAUUGGCAAGCAACACUUGAAGCUGCGUAACCAGGUGGAACAGGUGUUUGCCGAAAGGGAUAUCAUGAGCUUUGCAGAUAACCCAUUCGUUGUCAGCUUGUGUUGCACCUUUGAGACAAAAAAGUGUUUGUGCAUGGUCAUGGAAUAUGUGGAGGGCGGGGAUUGUGCCAAUUUGUUGAAACAAAUUGGUGGACCACUACCAUUGGAUUUGGCGCGUCUGUAUUUUGCGGAGACUGUGUUGGCGUUAGAGUACCUGCAUAACUAUGGGAUCGUACAUCGAGACCUUAAGCCUGACAACCUGUUGAUUACUCAUGAAGGUCACAUUAAACUGACAGACUUCGGGCUUUCUCGAAUCGGUCUGAUGAAUUUGGCUACCAACCUAAUUGAGAAGAAUCUCGAUCUGGACAAAGAUUGUAAAAUGUUUCGCGACAAACAAGUCUUCGGCACGCCUGAGUAUAUAGCUCCAGAAGUUAUCCUACGACAAGGUUACGGCAAGCCGGUUGAUUGGUGGUCGUUGGGUAUCAUUCUCUAUGAGUUCCUUGUGGGGUGUGUGCCAUUUUACGGCGAUACCAUCGAAGACUUGUUUUCUGAAAUUGUCACAGCCCCAAUCGAGUGGCCAGAGGAAGAGGAAUGGCGAGUUCCGGAUGAGGCGGUGGAAAUUGUCUCUCAGUUACUAGAGCGUGAUCCACUUCUGCGCUUGGGUACGGCUUGUGGUGCAGCUGAAGUUAAAGAAGCUCGCUUUUUCGCCGGACCUCCACCGAUAGAUUGGAAUAAUCUCCUAAGAUUGAAGGCGGCAUUUGUGCCUCAAUUGGAGCAUGAUGAGGACACAUCCUAUUUCGAUCCACGCAGUGAACGAUACCAGCAUGAUGUAGAGAGUGAUGAGGAUAUUAGUUACUCGCCUAGGUCCACCUCUCAAAGCGGAAGGUCGUCUCCACUACAGCCCUCCUCUUCCGAGACCAGGGCUUCCAGUACCAAUAUGAUCUCAACUGAACAACCCGCUAUUCACUCCAUUCGCAGGCCUGCAGCUUCUCGGCUGAGUCGCGAGAAACAGCAAAAUCAAGGUCGUCGACGAUGCCACAGUUUGAGUGAUGCACUCAACUUGAUACCGCGCGUCACACCGGGUCCGCUUCGUUCUUCUUUGACCCAUAAAUUUUUGUCCAGUAAACCUCCAUGCGUAUCGAAAGCGCUUUCAGGCCACUCUUCACGUACUUCAACCAAUGAGCUUCGUGACACCGAACUCGCAACAACUACGCUGACAGCAGAGUCUGUGGAGAGCAAGACCGCUUUGCAUAUGCUUCAGAAUUUAUCCCUUGAUGCAGACGCAAUGACGGAGAAAUCCGGCCGCUUAUCAGAAGUUGGGAGCCCUAGUUCUGCAGCCUUUCGUACCAGAUCACCCUGUCCUAACCAAAGAACCUCAGGUCCAAAGCCCCUACUGGGAACUGAGUCGGAGAGUGAGGAGGAGAUUGGGAAAACACGAGACCCUGAAGUUGCCUUCCACUCGUUCGCUUCCUAUUCUCCCAGAUUCUCGGUUGUCUUGGAGCAAGCACGACUGAGCGAAAUGAUGGGUUCAUCAACUUCUGAAGGAUUCCAACAUCCUCCCACCACGACAAGUUCGCUAACGAUGGGUGAUGUUCAAGGAAGUCGUUUGUCCAACAGAGACUCGAUUGCCUCCGAACCACCGCGCACACGGUCGCCAUUCUCUCCGACUUUUGAGCGACCCCGCAUGUCGCUUCCGCGCCAGAGCUACACUGUUCCAGAUUCCUUUGCUACAGAGACCUCGAGACCGGAGGAUUCUGGAAAAGCGGAUUCCGCUCCAGCCUCAUCGCAUAGUUUCGUGCCGCAAAGUGGUCCCCGGAUAGGGAACUCUUCUAAAUCACCAAAUGUGAUCUCGGAUUGUAUCAGUCAGUCACCAGCCGCCGUACGAGAGUCCUCUGCUGACGUUCCCACGCCAAUCAAGCAAGUGGAUUCCCCAUUUGAGCCAUCAGGUUCCAAUUCAAGUCUCGAUUUAUCACAACAUGGCUCACUAUCAUGGCACUCCAGUUGUUCAUCUAGUGAUCCGGAACCCACUAAUUCAUGGGCAAAACAUUUACCUGGUUUUUCAAAGACUCAUGAAUCAGAAAUGCCCGUCUCUCUACCACCAGGUGCAAUCAGCACUAACAAUCGAAUCUCUCCAAGAUCGACCACCCCUGAAACAACCUCAUCUUCUUCAUCGUCGUUGUCGUUGACUAUGCUCACUCUUCAGCCUCCGACUCCAAAACCGGCGGUUUGUUCGCAUGAAGUGUCCCGUACUCCUGUUCCCCCUCCAGGCCCAACAGCCGUCUGGACAGAUGACAAGCGUACAUCUCUUUUAGGUAAAUCCUCCCCUGUCACGACCCCCCGUCACUCGGAGCCCUUACGGCUUGAUUCACGUCGCCGUCUUUCUAAACCUUCCCUCAACAUAGGUGAUCUGGCACCCGGACGUCCCAAUUCUGAUACCGUGCUAGUUGAAUCUACAGAACGCAACAGGAGAGCCACACACACACCACCUAAACCUCCAGCUUUGGUUCUCACAUCAGAGAAAGAUAAUCUUGGAAACGGUGCACGAGUUGAGCCACGAUCGCCACUAGCCUCUUCUACGAACACAACGGGUCCCUCACAACGCCCACCUUCUGAUCGUACGCCUACUCCCAUCGUUAUCCACAGAGGGAGAUCUGGCUACGGGUUCACAAUCCGUGCUAUCCGCGUGUACUUUGGCUCCUCAAGUCGUUAUACCUUGCAUCAUUUGGUCCACAGUGUCGAUAGGAACGGUCCAGCGUCUCGCGCUGGUUUACGCGAAGGUGACCUCAUCCUGUAUGUCAAUGACACCCCCGUACCUGGAAUGGUCCAUACGCAAGUGGUAAAGAUGAUCUUAAAGAGUGGUCCGCAAUUAAGGUUGUGUACAACACCCCUCGAUCAGAGUUUCAUUCGAUCGGACGGACCUUGGCGCCCAUCGGGAAAAUUAGUUCCCCGUGCCUAUCCAAGCUCACGAGGUAGUCACGGCAAACACCCCACGCGACAACUUGAACGUGGAACCACAUCCACACGGAAGUCGCCCACUCAGUUAUCGACCGGAUCAAACACGGUCAUUAAACCAGCCGGUCAGACAAGUUCACAGCCAGACUUCACAAGGCCUACUCCUUCCCCAGAUGAUUCACUGCCUUGCAACCUAUUCCGUAGACCCACAGUACGUGAGGCACGCUAUCGCCAGUGUGGUCUUGACUCCUCCGUCGACUCGGGAACCUCAGUGCGAUCAGAUUUGUCGCUACCCUCUGGCGAUGCGCCGGUGAUGCAAAAUUCUGCUUCUCCUACUGGCAGCAUUGGUUCUGAACCCUCAAUACCAUCCCCACGUUCAGGAGAACGACUUGGGCAUGGUCAAUCUUGUUGCACUGGUCCGACGGGCAAAUUCGGCGCUCCAAGUUACAACUUGACCAUGUAUCAACGGUUCGGCAUCCCCGUAAACUCUGCUCUGGCAUGUUCUCCCGGGAGCUCUCCAUCUACUGCAAACCAUCCCCCCACUCACCGAAGGUCAAUUGAAAAACCACUCCUUCGGCAGCUCAGUGAACGGCAGCAUCGAGCGAUGUUAGCCGCACAGACCGGUUCUUCCAGUGGACCCGUUCACUCAGUACCGAGCAACCUCCAGCGCCAUGCUCAUCAUCCUCCACUUUGUCCAUCUCACAUCACUCCGCGUCCUACCGAUUCAACACCCACCUCCGCUAAUCACCACCACUCAAGCCCUUCGUCUACUGGCCUUUGUUCUACGGCUUCACCUACACCCUCGUAUGUGAGUUCACUGGGAUGUUUUUCUGGUGGGGAAUCCUCUAGCAGCAGUUCACCCGGUUCAUCCAGUCCAAAACAAUCACUGGGCGCCAAUCACCCUGGUCCUGCUCUACACAACAGUCCGACGGGGCAACUCACUUGGGCCGGUACAUAUCCCCACCAUGCACCAGUCCCUCCACAUUCUCCAGGCACUGGAUCUCACCCGCUGUGUUUCGGAGUCGCGCCUCUUACACGGCCCAUGAAUCAUCCUUCAACAUCAAAUAAUUCUGCGGCGCCACCGGCUGUCCGGUUAGGUCACGUCGAUCCGAUACGCCAACCUUCGGUUCCUCAGCCUAUGAAGUCUUCAUGGGAUCCGGCCGUAGGCAAUGUAAUGAACUGGGCUCCGGUGGCUUCAGAGCCUCUCGCACCCAGUACAUCUGAACAUCUGUCACAGCAAGCUAGCGCCUUGAUAUCUUCCGGUCAAGUUCGUCUACGACGUCGUAGUCAUAUGUUCGCUGUACAACAUGCAUCAACUGACACAACGCCAGAGGCUACUUGUCCCACAGCAGUAGCUCAGCAUCCUGCAUCCGCAGAUCCCUACAUAUGUGGACCGGACAAAGGUGGUGAUGUACGAAGUGAACACUAACCAUGUCCGGUCCUAAUUCAAGACGUCUUUCUUUCAUCUUCACCUCCACUUCCACACACUCAAUGAACGACUGGCCUUCUUGCCUCAACUGACACCUGCUUGCCGAUGGUCAUGUGUUUUAUCAUGCCCUUCACUUACUUCGGCGCCUUUGUCACUGUGAUCCCCUGGUUUCUGUAUAAUUUCGGGCAGUAACCCCAGGACCUGCAUUCAUUUUGGUCUUGAUAUCUAUGUAAUUCACCUUAACGCAUUUCUCUGCUAACCAGAGCGCAUGGACAAGCCUCGAAUCCCCUGGAAAACUUUUUUCAAUCUUUUUUCUCACCUUCCACCUUUGUGUGUACUUGUUGCUCUGUCUCCCUUCCUACAUCGAUUUCGAUGCCUCUUCUGUGUGCGUCACCUUUUUGACUAAUUCUGCUGAGUUUUGUCUUCACAACGGCGACGAGGAAGACGAUCUUUCCGCAACUUCUGACUUUAUGUCACGCGCUUGUGACUCCGAGAUCACUUACUCUUGUCUGUCGUCCUCGAUUUCCAACCCCAGCUUCGUCCCAUUCUUCCUAUCUGUUUUGUAAUUUUUUCAUUUUCCCGCCGUAACGAGCGGGGCCAUUUUCUCACAUCACUUUGUGUACAGUCUCCAGCCCCAUACUACCCCCCCCCCAAAAGAAAACCAUUCAUUUCUCUCCUCUUUCGAGUGGACCGCAAAUGUUUAUUUGUCCCAUAAUUUCAUUGUCACACACAAACACAUAACAUUGACAUCGUUCGCGUUCUCUAAUUUAACUGAACAAAUAAAUGCUUGAAACGGAUAUCGACGUGAUUCACUGCG